UCUUCUUCUCUCUUUCUCAGUUUUAAUAUCAGCACUACGUUACAUUUCACUAUAUAUAUUAAACAAACCUUUCUUAUACAAGUUCAUUUGGUUUGCUCUCGUCUUGUGUUGUGUUGUUGUCUCCUUGUCCAUACUUUUUCUCUCUUGUCAACAUUUCUUUCUCACUUCUUUUAUAUGGCACAAUUGCCUCCUAAAAUCCCCAACAUGCCGCCAAAUUGGCCUGACUUUCACCACCAGAAGAUGCCGUCAAUGGCCAACAUCAGUAGCACACCACAAAACCCUUCAUGGGUGGACGAGUUCCUUGACUUCUCCUCCGCAAGACGCGGAACUCAUCGCCGCUCCGCCAGCGACUCCAUUGCUUUCCUCGAGGCGCCAAUGCUGGAUGAAUGUCGUGGCUCAGGCGGGCGUCCCGGGUCCGGUACUAAUCACGAGUUUGAUAAAUUUGAUGACGAACAGUUCAUGUCUAUGUUCACUGAUGAUAUGCCAAAUGCCGUGGCCCCCACCGUCUCAUCCUCCAACCCCUCUACACCGUCAGAUCACAAUAGCAUUAAUGACGAGAAAGAUACACCUUCCGAUCAGAAACAGCAGAUAAGGAAUGAAUCCGAUGAGGUGCAGAGCCAGUGCAAAACGGAGACUCAAGCUCCACCUAACACCACAUCAAACACGUCCUCUGAUAGGAUAGUUGAUCCUAAGAGGGUCAAGAGAAUCUUGGCAAAUAGACAGUCUGCACAAAGAUCACGAGUGCGGAAGCUACAAUACAUAUCGGAGCUUGAACGUAGUGUUACAUCAUUACAAGCCGAAGUCUCGGUGUUGUCGCCACGUGUUGCAUUUCUCGACCAUCAACGGUUGCUUCUCAAUGUCGAUAACAGUGCUCUUAAGCAAAGAAUCGCUGCAUUGGCUCAAGACAAGAUAUUUAAAGAUGCUCAUCAAGAAGCUCUGAAGAGAGAAAUAGAAAGAUUGAGGCAAGUGUACCACCAACAGAGUCUUAAAAAGAUGGAAAAUCCUGGAGCCUCACCAGCACCAGCACAACCUGCUGAUGCCAAACCCUCCAUGGAAAAAGAACAGCUUCUCAAUGUUUGAAUCUCACAAGACGUGAGACUCGAUGUCCCAUGGCUCCUUUCAGUAUGGUUGUACUGAUCAAGACUUAAUUAAGAGAAAGAAAUGUAGCAAUGAAACCACAGUUAGCCCACAAGCUACUUGCUUGUGUUGAUGCUCGAGUCUUGGUCUCCUCCUCAAUGUGAAGGAAUUGAAUGGGAAAGAGUCAAAUUGAAGGAGGAAAAUAUAAGGCUAUCCUGUGUAGCUGUUGAAGCCACAUGAUACAUGUACAUUGACAUGAUUGUUUUACUUGUAAGUUUGGGACCAGUGAGGGUUGCAGGUUGAGAUUUCAUUAAUUAAAUCCAGGAAAGAAAAAGAAAGGAGAUGCAGCUGCAGCUGUUGUUU